CUGUAAGAGAAAACAUAACACCUGGUUGUUUUUAAAUUACUUAUUUUGAAAUUGUUUGCCAGAAUUAACAAUGUUAUGAAUAUUUGUCGAAACUGCGUUACCCACUCCAGUCAACAGAUGGCGAUGUGAGUCUUUCAUGUGGUGCUUCUUGCGUGACGUAUAAUCUAGUGGACGGGACUGGACGCUUCUUCAAUGACCAACAAGGCUACUUAUUCAACCAUUUCGGUAGCUUGCUAGUCAACAUAAAAUCGAAUCAUUGAAGCUCUUUAGACCAUUCUUGUGUAUAUUCAUCAGUGUUUAAAAGACAAUUAUGUGUACGUAUUAACGUAACAUUAAUUUGCGUGUAAAAUUGACCAAUUUGUCAAAAAAAGGUAUACCAGCUAACUAGCUAACUAGCUAACAUCCCCGACCAUGAGUUCACUAAGCUACUCCCCCCGUGCUAAAGAACAGAAGGUCUGCUGGAUGGAGAAAGAAGCUCUGGGUCUUAACAUUGUCGUAAAAGAAGAGGAUAUUACAGUAAAAGAAGAGGAAGAAGCUUUCAGAGUGAAAAGGGAAGAAGAAGAAGAGGCUAUCACAUUGAAAGAAGAAAAUUAUGUUACAGUGAAAGACGAGAACGAACCUUUUGGAGUGAAAGAGGAAGAGGGGAUAGAGGCUGUCACAGUGAAAGAGGAAGAGGGGAUAGAGGCUGUCACAGUGAAAGAGGAAGAGGGGAUAGAGGCUGUCACAGUGAAAGAGGAAGAGGGGAUAGAGGCUGUCACAGUGGAAGAGGAAGAGGGGAUAGAGGCUGUCACAGUGAAAGAGGAAGAGGGGAUAGAGGCUGUCACAGUGAAAGAGGAAGAGGGGAUAGAGGCUGUCACAGUGGUAGAAGAUUUUAGAAUAAAAAAGGAGGAAGAGGAUGUUACAGCAAAAGAAGUGAACGAGCCUUUUGGGGUGAAAAGGGAAGAGGGGGUAGAGGCUGACACAAUGGAAGAGGAGGUGGUAGACGCUUUCAGAAUUAAAAAGGAGGAAGAGGAGGCUAUCACAUUAAAUGAAAAGGAGGAUGUUCUAAUGGAAGAAGAGGAAGAACCUGUUGGAGUGGAAGAGAAGGUUAUCUCAAACGAGGAAGACGUUUUGGGAGUAAAAGAAGACGGGGGUGAGGAGGACGAGCCUGAAGAUCCGAAUAACACCAGAGAGAGACCAGACUCUUACUCUGACAGCGGGAGUACUUCAGGGGAACCAGACCCAGAGAUUCCCAAACCAGUGAAACCACACCACUGCACCCAAUGUGGAAAUACAUUUUUCUCAUCAGGGGACCUGAAAAAGCAUAAGAGAACACACACUGUAGAGAGGCCUUUCCAAUGCUCUCAGUGUGGAAAGCGAUUUAUCCAGUCAUCACAUUUGAAAGAGCAUAAGAGAAUACACACAGGAGAGAAGCCUUACCACUGUUGUCAUUGUGGACAGAGUUUUAGGUGGUUAGUGACCCUGAAAACACAUGAGAGGACACAUACUGGAGAGAAGCCUUUCCAAUGCUCCCAGUGUGGGAAUGCUUUUACACGGUUAGAGAAGCUGAAAGAACAUGAGAGAAUUCACACUGGUGAAAAGCCUUUCCAAUGCUUGCAAUGUGAAAAGAGAUUUAUCCAGUCAUGGAAUCUCAAAGAGCAUGAGAGGAUACACACAGGAGAGAAGCCUUUCCAAUGCUUUCAGUGUGGAAAGAGUUUUACCCGGUUAAGGUACCUGAGUAAGCAUAAAGAAAUACACACGGGAGCGAAGCCCUACCACUGUUCUCAUUGUGGACAGAGUUUUAGGUGGUUAGUAAGACUUAAAACACAUGAAAGAAUACACACAGGAGAGAACCUUUCAACUGCUCUCAAUGUGGAAUUACUUUUACCUUGUUAGGGAGCCUGAAAUCACACCAGAGGACACAUGAUAAAAGCCAUACCACUGCUCUCAUUGUGGAAAGAGAACAUGAAAUCACAUGAUCGAAUAUAGAGGCCGGGGCCAUAUUUGCGAACAUAAGCAAGCAUAUGAAGUUAAAUGGUUUUCAUGCACAAGAUGCAUAUCAGCCAAUGAAAAGUGUUGAUUCACUUACAUGUGACUGACCGCUAAUUUGUAGCUGCUCCCAUCAGAUAACGUUAGCCUUAUGCUAACCUCCCCAGGUGACAGUGAUUACAUCCUGGCACAACGUCUGCCUCAGCCAAUCAAUUAUCUUAGAUAUUCUAUACACCAACCAAUGGUAUUUCUUUAAAAAAAUAGGUCAACCCUGGCCAUGUGUUUUUAUGGGGGGAAAAAAGAUAAAUCGGGUCCUUGCAUACAAAAAAAAGUUUAGCGUUGUUAAAAAAACAAAGAGCCUUAUUUAUUUAUCAUCUAGUGUAACAGUCAUGUAGUCUAUCGUCAGUGGUGGAUCAUCCCAACUGUCAAACUUAUGGAAAAGCAAAGAGAUUACCUUUCUUAGGUUCUGAUAUUCAGAGUUAAAACUCAAAGGAGACUCUGAAAGCUUUAUAACCAAGUUCAUUCUUCCCAGAGGGCCAAUAGAGCUGCAUCAGACAAAGACGUUGUUCACACAAGCACUGAUAUUUAACCCCCCCCCGUCAUCACUCAUCCAUGUCUCUCUCCCCUUAUCAAGCACUGAUAUUUAACCCUUCCUCCCAGGCUGAGUCUCCUCUUGUUCAUCUGAACCUACAUUGUAUCUUUACUGCUAGGCAGGAAACUUAGUGAUACGGGCCAUAAACUUGUCUUUCUCCCUUAACGUGACCUGACCUCGACCCCCGUCAUCACUCAUCCAUGGCUCUCUCCCCUUAUCAAUGCUUGCCACGUGAGAUCGCUUUCCCUGCACUCAGCACAUUCCAAGCUUAAUUGCAUCCACUAUAUACUUUCCUCCUACAGAUAACCAUUCACUUCUGGUGUAGUUUAGGAGUCCCAAGUUUAGGAGUUAGUACCCAGAAUCCAUCAGCAUAAUAGAAAAUGACUCAAGUGAAAGUCACUCAGUAAAAUACAACUUGAGUAAAAGUCUAAAGUGUUUGGUUUUAAAUGUACUUAUGUAUAAAUAAUUUCAAAUUCCUUAUAUUUAAGCAAACCAGAAGACACCAUUUUCUUGUUUUUUUAAAUGUAUGGAUAGCCAGGGGCACACUCCAACACUUCUAUUUACAAAUGACGCAUUUGUGUUUAGAGAGACAGAUCAGAGGCAGUUGGGAUGACCAUGGAUGUUCUCUUCCUUAGUGCGUGAAUUUGACAAUUCUCCUGUCCCGCUAAGCAUUCAAAAUGUUCAGAGUACUUGUGGUGGUGUCAGGGAAAUGCAUCAUUUUCUUUAGGAAUGUAGUAAAAGUUGUCAAAAAUAUUAACAGUAAAAUAACAUACAGAUACCCCCCCCCCCCCAAAAAAAAUGUCUUAAGUAGUACUUUAAAGUAUUUUUACUUAAGUACUUUAUACUACUGGCUAUCGCUAUCAUCAUCACUUCUAGGUGGCACACACUGCUAAAGCUUUUUAACCGUGGGGCCCGAGUCCACCUCACAUCAAGCUUUUUAACCGUGGGGUUCGAGUCCACCUCACAUCAAGCUUUUUAACCGUGGGGUUCGAGUCCACCUCACAUCAGGCUUUUUAACCGUGGGGUUCGAGUCCACCUCACAUCAAGCUUUUUAACCGUGGGGUUCGAGUCCACCUCACAUCAAGCUUUUUAACCGUGGGGUUCGAGUCCACCUCACAUCAAGCUUUUUAACCGUGGGGUUCGAGUCCACCUCACAUCAAGCUUUUUAACCGUGGGGUUCGAGUCCACCUCGCAUCAAGCUUUUUAACCGUGGGGUAUUGAGGAAAAAACUGUUCAACGUCGGUCCUUGAUGCUCGACCCAAAACGCGUGUGACGAAGUGGAUUAUUCUAAUAAUGCAUAAACUAUCAAAUAUUGUAGGCCUGCGUCUAAGUGUAGCCUACAUACGAAUAUACUGUGGCAGACCAAGGGGGGUUGGGUCAAAACAGUUACACAGAUCAGACACGGACAGAGUAGGAUUAGCUCAGUUUCAAAGGUGUUUAUUAAAGUAAUAGUUCAAAGGAAUAGUUCUCCCCCAUGAGACCCUCUCCGAGAUACCAUCUUCUGGGCUCCGGGGUCUUGCUGUAUCCUGCGGGGAUCAAAAACUGAACUCACUCCUGUUACCUCGGCAACCGUCCCAAACUAUACGGGAGUCCUUUCUUCCCCCACUCUCUCCCCUGUGUGCUGUCCUUCCGGCAGCAUUAUGGGACUUGUACAUCUGGUGAGCAAUCAGCCCUUGAUUACUCACCAACUCCCAAUCAGCCCAAAUUAGUCCUGGCCGGAGAGCCCGUCGAGACCUGGCACGUCCAGCAGAUGGAGCCAGCGCCUCGUGAUGUUUUACUCCGUCUGUCAGCAGGCCCUCGACGAGUCUCCCCCUGGUGGCUGACCUGCAGUACGCCACAAUACAAAUGACAGCCAAAUGUUAUUAUAAAAUGUAUAGAGAACGUUAGCCUACAUUUAGGUGUACGCGUCCAUGUACUAUAGCCUAUGCAAUAUUAUUAUUAUGCAAUAGCAGUGUGUUGCUAUAGCCUAUGCAAUAUUAUUAUUAUGCAAUAGCAGUGUGUUGCUGAAGAAAGAGGUAGCUCCUUAUUAGGUUCAUUCUUCAAUUUUGGGGCGGCAGGGUUAGUAGUUAGAGCGUUGGACUAGUAACUGGAAGGUUGCAAGUUCAAACCCCCCGAGCUGACAAAUCUGUCGUUCUGCCCCUGAACAAGUCAGUUAACCCACUGUUCCUAGGCCGUCAUUGAAAAUAAGAAUUUGUUCUUAACUGACUUGCCUCGUUAAAUAAAGGUCAAAUAAAAAGGCAAAAAAAUGGUGGUAUGGCCAGUAGGCCAUGUAACCAAUCAUAGCCCUCCAUUUACUUGUAUCAUUAAAACAUCUUGCAAAUCACCAGCAGAAGGUGAACUUCUUGAAUUCAUUUUCACAUUCAUUCUGUUGGUAAAGCUUUACAAAUUGAAUCGUACAGUGCCUUGCGAAAGUAUUCGGCCCCCUUGAACUUUGCGACCUUUUGCCACAUUUCAGGCUUCAAACAUAAAGAUAUAAAACUGUAUUUUUUUGUGAAGAAUCAACAACAAGUGGGACACA